AUGAUUGGCCCUACAAUAUCCUCAAAUACAGACAGAAGUAAUUCUAUAACACCUGCACAAAAAUUAUUAUUAGCUCUGAGAUUUUAUGCUACGGCAUCUUUUUUAAUUAGUGCUGGAGAUGUCAUGGGUGUAAGUAAAUCUGCUGCAUGUGUUAUCGUACAUGAUGUAAGUGUAGCCUUGGCAAAACUUCGUCCUCAAAUAGUUAAAAUGCCAGAAACAAAUGACGAAAUAAAAGAGCUGCAUAAACAAUUGUAUGGUUUAGCCAAAUUGCCGUUGGUUAUUGGGGCCAUUGACUGUACUCAUUAA